AAUAUGGGGCGUUUCAGUGAUGUGUGUAGUAACGCAGUGCAUUAGCUUUUAGAUUGUAACAUAUCUCUUAAAUAUUAUAUAUGAAGUCUUAUUCACGCAUGAGGUAGUGUGCGCCUCGCUAGGUGUCUAGAUAGCCCACUACCCACAUACGUACACUAGUGAGUUGGGUAGAGAACCGGCAUACAUCGGAUUUACGCUUUGGGCAAGUCAUUUUUUAACAUACCAAGCACGCCGUCUGUGUGAGACCCUAAGACGCGUCUGGAAGAGGAGCAGUCGGCCGUAUUCGGGCCGAAAUGAGCGGAUGGUCAGCCUGCUCUUUCGGUGGACUGACUAGCAUUUUAUUUGUCCGCCGGCUUGACCGUGUUGACAGCUGCAGGUUGUGAACAAACACUGAGCUUAGUCACACGUGAGUCUAGCAAAAGCAGAAGGGACAGGAUGUCAGAGGGGGAGAGCAAGACAACCACAGCCGGUGAAAGCAAGCUGGAGGCAGGAGUCCCUGCUGCCCAGGGUGUAUCCUCCAUGUCUCCUCCAGUGUCCUCCGUCACGCCGGUGGCCCCUGCUCCCGAAGAAGAGGAGGAGAGUGAGGAUGAGUCUGAGAUUUUGGAAGAGAGUCCUUGUGGGCGGUGGCAGAAACGUAGAGAAGAGGUAAACCAGCGUAAUGUCCCUGGCAUCGAUGUUGCCUACCUGGCCAUGGAUACAGAGGAAGGUGUGGAGGUGGUUUGGAAUGAGGUUAUGUUCUCGGAGAGGAAGAACUUCAAACUUCAGGAGGAGAAAGUCAGAGCCAUUUUCGAUAAUUUGACUCAGUUGGAGCACCUGAACAUUGUGAAGUUUCACAAGUACUGGGCUGAUGUGAAGGAGAACCGUGCCCGGGUCAUUUUCAUCACUGAAUACAUGUCUUCUGGGAGUCUGAAGCAGUUUCUGAAGAAGACAAAGAAAAAUCACAAGACCAUGAAUGAAAAGGCCUGGAAGCGAUGGUGCACUCAGAUCCUUUCUGCUCUCAGUUAUCUCCACUCCUGUGAUCCACCAAUAAUCCAUGGAAACUUGACAUGUGAUACCAUUUUCAUUCAGCACAACGGGCUGAUCAAGAUUGGCUCAGUGGCACCAGACACUAUCAACAAUCACGUGAAGACGUUCCGGGAAGAGCAGAAAAAUUUGCACUUCUUUGCACCCGAAUAUGGAGCAGUGACAGAUGUCACUACAGCAGUUGAUAUCUACUCUUUUGGAAUGUGCGCCUUAGAGAUGGCUGUGCUUGAGAUCCAGAGCAACGGAGACUCCACCUAUGUGUCGCAGGAAGCUAUAAAUAGCGCCAUCCAGUCCUUGGAGGACCCUUUGCAGAGAGAGUUCAUUCAGAAGUGCCUGGAAGCAGACCCCCACAAGCGGCCCACAGCCAAGGAGCUGCUGUUCCACCAGGCCCUGUUCGAGGUGCCUCAGCUGAAGCUGCUGGCUGCCCACUGCAUUGUCACCCAUCAGCAUAUGAUUCCUGAAAAUGCCUUAGAGGAAAUCACUAAGAACAUGGACCCCAACCUUGUGAUACUAGAAAGGAAAGAUGGUACCCAGCUGAAACUUUCCCAGUUUCCUGCGCUUGAGCUGGAUAAGUUCCUGGAAGACGUAAGGAACGGGAUCUAUCCUCUUACGGCCAUCCGGAUGUCUGCUCCGCAGCAGCCACACAAAGAGGCAGUGCAGUCCCCCGUGGUCACGCCUUCCGUCAAGACUCCGACUCCCGAGCCUGCAGAGCUCGAGUACCGCAAGGUCCUUCAGAUGCAGUGCAAUAUUGAGCCAAUAGAAGAAGGUUCAAAGCACCAUCUUACCUUAUUACUGAAGCUUGAAGAUAAGCUUAACAGGCAUCUAAGCUGUGAUUUAUUACCCAAUGAGAACGUGCAGGAGCUGGCUGUGGAGCUAGUUCAGCUGGGGUUCGUCAGCGAGAUGGAUCAGCCACGACUGGCCUCCGUUUUAGAAGAGGCCUUCAGCAAGUUCUACAACCGCAGCGGUUCUUAUAACCCGGUCACUGUAUCAUCCUAGUAUUUAAGGUUCUGGUGUCCUUCCUCCAUCCUCAACUGAAGCAAAAGACUGAUUGGCUCAUGCAGAGGAUUUUGGGGCAUGUCACUGACUUCAAGGAGACCUCUACAAGCUGCCAGCAAUUGCUCUAGCUAACUGUUUAGGGAGAACAUGGCUGCAUUUCCCUCUAAACUAUUUUUCUUGAUACAUAUAUAAAAUGAGUGUUAUUCUUUAAAGUGUAUUUACAGCCAGAAGCGGUUAUAUAGCAUUAAGUAUAAAAACAGUUUUAGUAUACAGUGCUUGCCAACAACACGUGUGGUCACUUGCACUGAAUCAUCUGCAUUCCUUCAGUGUGUUACAUGCAUCGUUUGAUCUCAUGCUUAGGAAGAACUGUGCUUCACUCAGCAAGUCAGCUGUGAGAAGUGCAGUCAUAUAAUUAAUGUCAAGAAAGGGCAAAAUGCCUGAAAAUCUAAGCUACCAUAAUCAAUUGAAACAUUGAAGAUUUGCUCGAUUUAAGAUUUAUGCUAAAUAUGUUCAUCUGGAGUUUGAAAUUUGUAUAGUGCCAGUUUGAAUUCUAAGCAUUUCUGCUUUCUAUCGAACAUAUCUCUAAGAUUCCUUUAUAAACAAAACAGAGGUUUGUAUAUAAAGCUAUUGAUUUUUCAAAAUUAUUUUAUUUUGGAUUCUUUGUGACUUUUGGCUUUGUAUGUGUGCCAUCCUGUUAGGGUGAGUAUUGUUAGAAUUGGAUACUGAAAAUUUACUUUCUGGAAAUAUGUCAAUAUCUGGAAUACCAACUUGAUACCAUUCUAAAUACACAGAUGUCCCUUGAACAUUAUUUAGAAGAGGAAAUUUAGUAUUACUGAACACAUAUUAACUGCAAAGUUCAACUGUCCCAUUUGCACAAUACUCACUCUAUAUAUAUCUUGUGGUCUUCCCUAAGAAAUUCUUUGUACAGCAUCAAUAGCCAGCUGCACCAAUACUAAGUCCAGCUAAUACACUAGCAUAUGCACGUGAACUAAAUAUUGAAGAAACAUUUUCUGGAUCCAGCGCUUGUACGGUUGACUAAUGUUUACAUUGCUCAUGUACAGAAAGAUCAAACGAUAAGCCCCAGAUUUAACACUGAUCCAAGAUACUUACGUACCCGUAUUACCCAAAAUGGGUUUGUUGUUAGGACAAUGCUAAGCGUGAUGUUUAUCUAGAUCACUAAAUCUACCUUUGGUCCGCCCGCUAUGCUAUCAAGCAGAAGGUUGGAUCCAUGACUGAUUUGCAGUACGAUUGCGUAGAAUUUCAUUUUAUUUUAUUUUAUUUUAGUUUGUUUUCUGUAGUGAAUAUUCAUUUGUAUUUUGCCUGAGGAGAUUCGUUACUUAUGAAAUUACAGGGUAACGUUUUGUUUGCGACAAUUUGAGGGUUUUUUUCUUUUUAAGAAAAACUAUUUGUGUUAUGCUGCGAUUGUGUUUCUGCAAUGCAUGAAUCUAUAAUUUUAUAGCACACCCUUAAGUAAAGAAUUUUAAACGCUG